AUGGGGGUGGGGGGCGGUGGCCCACGUGUUGCUGGGUGGAAAUGCGAGGACCGGAAGGAGGACUGUGGGAUUGGGGACAGCGAACAGAUUCGGUCCCGGGAGGCCCUGGGGCCAGAUGGUCACCUAGGGCGUGCCCUGACUUCCCAGCCACGUCUCCUAGAGCCUGGGAGCUCUCUGAGUGCCUGCCCCUCCCCCACUGCCCCGGCAGCCACUGCCUGGAGGCAGCCUGACCAGGGCUCCAGCAGCUCCGAUGAGGAGGGGUCGAGCCCCUGCGAGGAGCCCGAAGAAGCCCAGCUGGGGCUCCAAAACAUAGUCCAGGGGAAGCUGGCCGACCUGCAGGAGAUCUUGCUCCUCAAGUAUCACACCAAGGAGCCGACCAGCCAAGCAGAGAUGCUGGAGGUCGUUGGCAAGGACGCCCAGGAUGCCUUCCCUGUGAUCUUGGGCCAAGCCUCCGAGUGCAUGCGGCUGCUCUUUGGUAUGGAUGUGAAGGAAGUGAACCCCAGCGACCACUCCUACAUCCUGGUCCCCGUCCUGGGCCUCACCUGUGAUGGGAUGCUGAGCGGUGAGGAGGGAGUGCCCAAGACCGGCCUCCUGGUGGUGCUCCUGGGGGUGAUCCUCCUGCAUGGUGACCGUGCCCCCGAAGAGGAGGUGUGGGAAACGCUGGGGGUCAUGGGUGUGUAUGCCGGCCAGGAGCACAUCAUCUAUGGGGAGCCCAGGGAGCUCCUCACCAAUGUCUGGGUGCAGGAAGGGUACAUGGAGUACCGGCAGGUGCCUGGCAGUGACCCUGCCCGCUACGAGUUCCCGUGGGGUCCCAGGGCCCACGCCGAAACCAGCAAGUUGCAAAUACUGGAGUAUUUGCUCCGGGUCAAUCGCGGGCAGCCCGAUUCCUCCCUGGCCCUGUCUGAAGGGGCUAUGAGAGAUGAAGAAGAGGGGGUCUGA